AGAGGCGGCCCGAGGAGCUUCCCGUUACUGGCGUGGGCAGGGCCGUAGGAGGCGGCUCGGCAGCGGCGCCCACUGCUGCCACAAGCCCCCAUCGCGGCCACACUUUUGUCCUGCGGCUCGGGGGAACGAGGCAAGGGUGUUAUAAAUCGCCCAGCGGCCUUGAGACCCUGAAUAGAGUGCUGACACAUGGACGGGUGGCAAUUAAACGAUGACCAGAUUAGAGGAGUGAGCGCGGCGCGGCAGUGUUGGCAGGAGUGUGCGGCGUCUGGCGGGGAGUUUGUGACUGUGAGCCACUCCAGGGCAAAGAGGUGGGUAGCGAGCCACUCCGGGCACGGGCCAUCCACGCGUCAAGGAGCAGACUCCAGCAGCGGCAGCGCCUCGUGGGACGCCUCGCGGGUGGUGUGUCGCGUAUGUCGAUCCAGUGUGUGUCGCCUCCUGACCCUUGACCAGAGUGUGUGUCGACAAAAAAUAAGACUUAUUCUCACCACGCAACAUUCUCUUCCUUAACUGGAUGAUAAAAACAGUCACCAAGAAGCCCGCCCUCUGUUAUCUCGCUUUCUGCGCCUUGACUACCAUCCGCGUCAGUUUGGAACAAGAGGAACACACAUAAGUGACACUGAACUCCACUCCAGAACGAGAAGAGUAAUCCAGAGGAAGCACAAAAGGACAUUGACCCUGUUAAAAGACGCUACAAAACACAGCGAUCAAUAUAAAGUCUUGGGAGCUGAUACAAAGGCAAUCACCUAUCAUCGUCAACACCAAAACUCAUACUCACUCAACACUCGGGUUCAGUGUAAUUUCUCAAUCUUGACUCUUGCGUGCAUCGACAAACCAAGACUCGUAUUAAGGACAUAGAGAUCCCCUGAAUGUGCCUUUUCUGUGUGUGUGUGUGCAUCGACAAGCCGAGUUAAGGACACAGCCAUCUACUGAGUGUGUGCCACGUGACGGUCCACAGCUGAGGUGACCCUGGGGCGCCACGACCUCGCGACAAGAUGGGAGGCGCAGCGGCUGUCCUAGGAAUGGUAGUGACGGCGGCGCGGGCGGCGGUGGUAGCGUGGGUGCUGGUGCUGGUGGCGGUGGCGGGCGGCGUGGGUUGGUGGGCGGCGCCGUGUGAGGCCACCACCACUACAACCACCAUCACCACCACCACGCCCAUUACCCCCAACAGCAUCACCGGCACUACCGCCACCACCGCCUCCUCCCCCACCACCAGUACCCGCGCGGUGCCCUCCCCUAUCAGGAUCUCCGUGUACGGCCGUGACCCAGACGCCUCCUCCUUCAUCAGUGUUACCAGGCCCCGCAGGAACGCCACCUUCGUCGCCCCCAGCUCGGAAAUCACACUCGGGGACGAGGAAGUGGAAAUAUUGGAGGCGGAAGAGGAAGAGCAGACAUACAGCGACAAGGUACAGGAAGAUACCAACAAGAACACGCCCUAUACAUCCCAAAGGUCCGUCCCUUCCCUCUUCUCAGACGCCAACGCUGGGACUGAAACUGAGCACGAGGAAACAGGCGAGAUGCUGUCUGUUCCUCACGUGUCUGUCAAUCGAAUGGGCCUGGCUUCUGAGGAGACAUCGUCGUCCUCGGUAUCGUCAAGGAAGCUUCGAACUCACCUCAGGGAGACAUCCAAGAGACGUCGCUCCCAGUCGAUUCUGAACAGCACGCGCGGCGCCCCUGCCCCCCUCCCCCCCUCCAUACGUCCCCCGGCCCCGCCCCCUAGACCCCCAAGCUUCGGCCCCCCAGCGCUGCCCGUGGCCUCCCCCGCCCCCCCACCCUCCCCCCGGCCGCCCUCUACCCCAGUCCCUACCAGCUUCGGGCCCCCCGCCGUCCCACCUCCAAUCAGCCCCCCCUCUCCUCCACCUGGUUCAGACGAGGCCCAGGUGACAGACAUCAAGUGCAUGGACACGGGCAGCACCAGCUCCUUCAUGGCGGUGCUGUCCCUCCCGAUGGGCUACAACGCCAUCCCGGUGUUCGAGGACCGCCCCAACGUGGACCCGACCAUCAACACGGCCUGCAGAAUGAUCCCCACGCAGCUCACCAACGACAUGUUCCAGCUCAUCGUGUCAGACCUAGAGCGAUGUGGCGUGACCAAGUGCCGACAGCCCACAGGAGAGACGUGGCUGUGCCUGCAGCUUCGCUUCCCGCUGGUGAACGGCCUCAAGCUGCCGGAGGACGAGAUCAUUCACAUCCGGUGCCGGCCGCAGGACAAGACCGCCCAAGACACUCACGUCCUCAGGGUAGCCACGGCAAAGUACGCCGCCAAAGAUUCCAUUACCGGGCUGUCGUCGGCCUCGGUGUUUGAGGGCGGUCAGCAGGAGUUCCAGUGUGAGAUCGGCCUAUUCAGGAAGCUGCCCGGCACGGAGCUCUUCGCCUCCAUCGUCACGCCCGAGGUGGAGCUGAACUUGGGGGAGGAGGUGCAGCUGCGGUCCAUCGUGCGGGCAGGAGACGGGUGGCAGUACAGCCGCAUCACCACCAUCAUCAUACAGAAGGUUGGACCCCCUCGCUCACGGUCCAUCCUCAACGCCGCCGACCUGGUCUUCGCUGACGGCUGCCGCAACCCGUCCUACAAGGUCAUCGCCAAGCAGCACCCGAAGAGGGACCCGCGGAACCCACUCAUCAACAACUUCACCUUCCGAAUGUUUAUGUUCCAAGACAUGCAGGCGGGAGACACGCUCAUGAUCACUGCCAACGUCAUAGGCUGCGUCGACGCCGAGGACUGCGCGCCCGUUAGCUGCGCCGGGGCCGGGGAGGAAGAUCUCUUGGGUUUCGGAAGGCGGCGUCGCGCGGUGAGCCACACGUUCACUACAGUCGUUCCCGUCACCUUCGGGGGUCCCUCCACACCCGCCGGGCCCCCCUUCCCGCCCCCCGUCACCACCCUCUCCUCCUCCUCCGCCGCCGCCCCCUCGCCGCCGCCGCCGCCGUCAGACUCCGCCAGCCACGGCCAGCGCGCCAACACGACCAAGUGGGAGAGGAACCUGUCCGUCAGGGUCAAGAUACCAGACGACGAGGUGCAGCAGGAGUCCCUGGAGGCGCGGGAGUGCCGCCUCUACCUCUUCAUCACGCUGGGGGUGUCCGCCGCCUUCUGCCUCUCCUCCGUCGUGUUCGUCUCGGUGACUUUCUUCCGUGGCCGCUCCAAGACCGUGCCUCAGCCCUGCCCGCCCGUGACCAUCAUGGCCCCGCCGCCGCCAGGACCCCAGCAGCAGCAGCACCACCAGCAGCAGCACUACCUGCCCCCGCUCUGCCCCAGCCCCCCACCGCCCGUACUCGCCGAUGACGCCACGUCCGUGCACAGCGGCUCGCUCCUCCAUGACUUCCCCGUUCCGCCAACGGUGCGCCAGAGGAAACGCCAGGUCAACACGGAGCUGCUGAGCAUCUUCAACAGCGACCACCGCCAGUACCCGUGCGGAGGCUACUUCCCCGGCAUGCUCAACUACUACGGCUACGUGGUGGUGCCGCAGCGGCCCUCAGAGAAAGCGAGAGAGAAGAGGACGCGAGCUGUAAGGCGAGACCGAAGAAGGCACCGCACGAGUGAGGCCGAGAGGCAGCACGAGGACGCCGCCAGCCACCUCAGCGGCGCCAGCGGGAGUCAUGUGACGGCUGCCGGCGGCGGCGGACAUAAGUCCGUCAUCCGAGUCUCCGGACGCGGGUCUGGGACGCCCGCCCCAGCCUGCCCGGACUCCCGCUCGCCGAAGCCGCUGCCCAGGUUCAAUGUGCGCUCGAAUGAUGAAAAUAUCUACAGCGAAAUACCGAUAAGCGGCGUGCCGACGAUGGUCUGAGCAAACAACGCAUACAAGAAUGAACCAAAGCAAACAAACACAAUGGUAAUAUUAUCACACACAAGUCGACGUUUGGGAUACAAGUGAAGGACUCGUGAAGUUCGCGCGUGUGUGUUCUCACGACCCUGGGAACGUGGCGCCCUGAGCGGCCACUCCAGGCUGCCGUUCCCUGCCCAGAGAGUCUCCGGCACUGAAGAGACCUCUCUCAGCGGCUGUACCUCUCACUGUUAAAACUAUGAACAUUGCGUAAUGCAUCUUCCUGCUGGGCCCGCGCCCCUAUGUGCUCCUGAGGGAGGGGCCGAGCGAAGGACAUUGACUGAAUAUUGUUUUCCGGUAGCGGCGGGACUCGAGCUUGGGACUCUGGGAUCACCACUGUUCACUCGGCCACCAUUGCGUAUAUUCAUCAUGUCCUGCAGGGUUCCUAAAGUAUCCUUCCCUGGCGUGUGUGUAUCUGUUGUACAUUAUAACAAGUCACGUGGUUGGUUUCCUUCUCAGGUCAACACAAACACUCUUGGUAACUCAGGAGACGCCUCACUCAGCAAGCACUCAGCACACACUCAGCAAUUCUCUACCCCCUCCCCCUCCCCCCCGGUGCCGAGUCCAUGGUCUUCUUGAUUGCAAACACCUGACCUUUAUCAUACCUGUAAUUCCUUGAGCCUUGUUAUGCUGUUGUUGUUGUUGUUGUUAUUCUUACCUGUCUACGUAAGGAAUGGGUUGUCUGAUUAACACCUGUCUUCUUUGUAUAUAUUCCUAAGGUUAACAGUGAACAUUUGGUUUUGUCUCUACUACCAAUAUUUUACUUCUUUAUUAUUGUUAUUGUUAUUGUUCCUUGUUAUCGCGUUAUCUCCCGUGUAAGUAAAUGUUUCUUCGUUGGGAGUACGUGUGCGUGGCGCGGACGAGUUCGUCGGGAAGGUAUAUAUAGUGACCCAUGCAGGGCCCGUACUCUCAAGCGUUUCAGGGCUUACACACCCACAUUGGAUAAGGAUUUCGUAGAGGUUUGAGGUUGUAUGUCGGUGCUGUCAUUGGUAGUUUUAUGAGCCUAGUAGUAGUUUGACAAGACUUUUGCAAAAACACUCAACCCAAAAGGACACUAAAACGAUACCAUGAAAUAAAAAAUGUAAAGUCGAGAACCAGGAAAAAGACAAAUUAAAAAGGGAAAAUCGUAAACGUAUAACAGUAGAAAAGUAGGAAAACUACGAAAAGCGAUGACAAUAGGGAAGGUAUAUAAUGAAGGAAUUACAUGAGAACCCAACUAAUCUUUGUGUGGCCUUUGGAAGCAGUUGUUGAGAGCCGGACAGCGUCUGAGAAUACUGGCCAUGGUAACCCAAGACCAGUAUCCUCCAAUACUUCGGGGCUCACACACACACAAGACUUCGUAGAGGUCGUGAGUGUUGCCAUGGGUAGUUUUGAGUUUCACAGGAGCUGCCGAUAAAAAGGCCUCUCAAGCCACCAGUGACAUCAAGGUUUCUGCACUAUGAAAGGGAAAAACCCACAUGAGAACCCGAUUAAUAUUCUUCGUGGCCGUGGAAGAUAUUUGUUAUGAGUCUAAAGCGUCUGAGAACACGGGCCCAGGUGGCUAAAGUGACCUGACCGUAGUAGCUACACUGAUGAACACACACACACACACACACCUCAACGUAAACAUGACAAGGAUAUUAAAGGGUAUUAGCGUUUACAGCAUCUUUUUAUUGUGGUCAUUAAUAUUAUUCUUAUACUAAAUAAUUAUUAUUAGUAGUAGUAGUCUUAUUAUUAUUACAACCACAGGCGGACCUUAUGUGUAGGGCGUGGCGAGGCGGGAAGGGGUGACGCAGCGUGGAGGCCUUACUGAGCUACGGACUGGACUUGGUUUCAGUGAAGUCGUGGACGGAGGCAUCGAAGGUCUUACUAAGCUUCACAUUCCUAACCUGACCCUCUGUCCGCCUUCUUAGUGUAGCGGGGUGAGUCGCUACAUCCCUUUUUGACGACCACUAUGGUUGUGAUGGUAUGUGGUAGCGUGGUAGUCGUCUACAUUCCCGAGCGCUGGUCCCGGAUGGUAAGACCUCAGGACAAGUGAACACUCGUUCCGAGGUUUGUGACCAGAAGGGCGUUACUUGUGUGAUUAAUUAU